UUCACAUCACUUCCGUAAACCGCUUACGCAUUUCCGCUAGCCUUAACGCGGCGCCACCGGAGAAACUUUGGCAAACGAUUUCGAGUCCUUAUCGAGUGUAUUUCUUUGUUGUCUGAAAAUAGCCAACAAACGCCACCAUGGUCGACAAAAUGAGCAUGUCUCUGGACGAUAUUAUCAAGAUGAACAAAGGAGGCCGCGAUAGUUUUUCUUCCUACCGGACAGGUAAACGUACAGAUUCCGCCGUUGGGUCCUCGAGGUCGACGCGGAGUCGACCGAAUAAUUUCAGCCGUGGGAGAGACAAUCGCCCCGCACCUUACACCAGGCCCAGAGAGUUGCCAGACGUAUGGCAGCAUGACAUGUUUGAGCAGCACGCUGGGGAACAAUACAGAGGUCUGAGCACAGGAGCAGACAAAGGUGCGGAAAGUAGUGCCAAGCUGCUCAUUUCCAAUCUCGACUUCGGAGUGUCCGAUGCGGAUAUCAAGGAGCUGUUUGAAGACUUUGGACCACUGAGGAAAGUAUCAGUGCACUAUGACAGAUCUGGUCGCAGCAAAGGAAGUGCAGACAUCUGCUUUGAAAAGACGGCGGAUGCAGUCAAAGCCAUGAAGCACUAUAAUGGCGUCCCUCUUGAUGGUCGCCCCAUGAAAAUCGUGCAAGCGACAUCAGAUGACGCACAAAGUCGACCGUUGAUGCAAAGUUCCAACAGAGGCUUUGACAGGAGCCGACUCGGCCAGCCCGCCUUUGAAAGAAGCGAAAGAAGGCAAGGCGGCAGCAGUGGAGGCUCCAGGGGGUACGGAAGGGGCAGGGGGAGAGGCAGCAGACCCCAGCUCUCUGCGGAAGAGUUGGAUGCCCAGUUAGAUGCCUACAAUGCUAUGGCGGACAACAGAUAAAGCAUACAUUCCACUCUUCAUUUUAUUUCCACGAUGGAGCUGAUUUAUUUUAGAAGCCAUGUCUUUUUUAGAUAUUUUACAGUGUUUUCACUUCAUGUUGUUUAUUUUUUUCCUCACUUGCUCUUGCUGUAAUUAUGAAAAGGUUUCUCUUUCGGGUGUUUUUUGUUGUAUUAUUACAAACUGAUUAAGUGCUUCAAUGCCAUUUUUUUGUUGAAAGUGUUCAUCAGUUCUAUCACUUGAUACUGUAUACUUGACAUGUGAAUACCCCGGGUCUUUUGUACAUAAAAUACUCAACAGUA